GGUUUCCUGGGUGUGACUGCAAAGAAAGGUUCAACCAACACCGUACAUUGCUUGUCCCCUUGACGCUCUGCUGCAAGGCUUUUCGUGAUACUAACUACGCUAGCUGUAGAUUGUAAGAGAGACUGUAUUGAAGGUCCUGUAUAGGAUACUAGUGUAAGGAGCACAGGAGUUUAUUUAUUCUCACUCGACCCCUUCCUUGACUGGUUCAAAAUGGGGAAGAUGCUAUCAAAAAUUUUUGGGAAGAAGGACAUGAGGAUCCUUAUGCUCGGGUUGGACGCAGCUGGAAAAACUACUAUUCUCUACAAGUUAAAGCUGGGACAAUCAGUGACCACUAUACCCACUGUAGGAUUCAACGUGGAAACUGUUACUUAUAAGAAUGUCAAAUUUAAUGUUUGGGAUGUUGGUGGCCAGGACAAGAUCAGACCUCUAUGGCGACAUUACUACACAGGCACUCAGGGACUCAUAUUCGUAGUGGACUGUGCGGACAGGGACAGGAUCGACGAAGCAAAGCAGGAACUACAUCGCAUUGUCAACGACAGAGAAAUGAAAGAUGCCAUCAUCUUAAUAUUUGCCAACAAACAAGAUUUGCCAGAUGCCAUGAAACCAGUUGAGAUACAAGAGAAGUUAGCGCUGACAAAGCUUCGAGACCGACAGUGGUACGUUCAGCCGUCAUGCGCCACAACCGGUGACGGCCUCUACGAGGGGUUAACAUGGCUGACCUCGAAUCAUAAAAGCAAAUAGCAAAUUAUGUGUAGCUAGGACUUGCAAACACCAGUGGGGACGUGUCCUCCGAAAUUAUUAUUAUUAUUACUAUUUAGUGCUUGUUUAUUUUGUACGUACAUACGCACACAUGCAAGUGUCUUCGUUUCUUUAUGUGUUAUCUAAGUACAAGAUUACAAUUGGUACUGUUAGGAUAGUUGUGUUCUCUGUACACAUUUUACACAAAGUUCUCUGUUGUACAAAAAUUAUCUCUCAGCUUUUAUGUGUGUUAAUUGUUAUAUCAUCAAAACAA